AUGGGCUAUUCUCUACACGAUAUUCAGCAACAAUUCACCAGCAUGAAUAUCCCAGAUGUUUCCUUGGCUUCCGGCGAUGUAUAUUAUUUCUCAACAAUUAAAAAUAUUGACUAUGGAUGGGGAUGUGGUUGGCGAAAUAUUCAAAUGUUGUUCUCUUGGUUACAAACAUCAUAUAGUAAAUGGUUUGAAAGUCAUCAUUAUAAAUAUGAUCUUCCAGAUUUAAGAAAGCACUUAUUAAACGCUUGGAAACAGGGAAUUGAUGUUGAUGGAUGUGAGCAAAUUGGAACACGGUUGGAAGGAACAUGGAUUGGCGCCACUGAAGCUUACACAUUGAUGACGGGUCUCAUGCUGAAUGUUGGCCUCGUGGACUUUGAUUUUCAUAAUCGAUCCUCAGCCGUGGAAGCACUAUUCUUGUUCUUUAAGGAUCAUUUUAGUGAUUCAUCAAAGAGUAAAUGCCAUAUAUCGCCAUGCUAUCUGCAAUUUCAAGGACAUUCUAUCACCGUCAUUGGCUAUUGUUCUUCACUGAAGAGCUUAGUUGUUUUUGAUCCCGAUGCUCAUCAGUCUAAUAAAAAAAAUACUUCAGGAUUCCAACAAGAUACCAUGAAACGAAUGCUGGUGAAUAAAAGGUUCUUUCGCGAUCUUCAGUAUCAAGUACUUUACAUGAAGGAAGACUUGUUUUUGGAAAAUAUUCAGGAACGGAAGCAAAUUCGAUCGACGAGGAUUUCUGACUACUAA